UAAUGGAGUUACAGAAAAGCUCUAUCUAUAUAUGAUGGAGUUGGGUCAAUCUGAGACAUCGAUAUUGGGAUAUGUUUAAUGGAGUUGAGUUAUAAGAAGCUGCAGAAUCUGACGGAAAGAGCAUGGGUUUUGCACGACAGGCUUGACCAUCAAAUCAACAAUACCAUAAUCUUCUGCAAUUCGUGUUUCCAUCAUCAUGUUGCUGCCCAGACUGCUUUUCAAGAUCGCCAGCCAUUGAUUGCCAUCAGAGAUUCCUUGAAGGAACUCCAGAAUUUGCUUCUCGACUUACAGAGGCUGCAGUCAUGGCAGAUGAUAGAAAGGAAUGCAGCAGUCAGUCGCUUGGAAGAGAGCAGAGGAAUGCUGAUGGAACAAGUAACAAAAUAUAAAGGAAGAGACUUUGGGGUAAUCAAAGAGUUGAAGACCUCGUUUGGCAAUAAAAAUUUUUGGGAUUUGAAGGCAAUUAGAGGAGAGAAAAACUUUAGAAAGAAAAAGGGUUUUGAUUUUCUCACAGAUUAUGUCAAAGCAUUAAUGAAUUUUGGGGAAAGUAGAAGGUGGCAUAUUGGGGUGGGAUUAGCAAUAAAACUACUUCUGCUUCCAUUGAGUGUUUCAUCUGCAUUUCGUUAUUUUUCACACAGAAGAAAAAUUCUUUCAAACACCCCUCUAGAUGUCUUCUGUGGCAGGGGAUGAUUCCGUGUUUUCUUUUCCAUCCCUAAAUUAUUUUAUAUAUGUAUAUAUAUAGAUGCAUAUGUAUACUUGAGAGUUGUUAUU